AUGGCGAUCCCCGUCGUGAUUCUUCUGAUCACCUCUUUCUUCAUGGCCACUGCAACAACAGAUACCUCUACAUACAUCAUCCACAUGGACUUAUCCGCCAAACCAUUGCCAUUUUCCAAUCACCAGAGCUGGUUUUCCACAACUCUUACUUCGGUUAUAACCGGUAGAAAACCAAAGAUUCUCUAUGCUUAUACCGAUUCUAUCCACGGGUUUAGCGCGGUUCUCACAGACUCCGAGCUCCAACGUCUUCAACACAAACCCGGGUAUGUCUCAUUCACCAAAGAUUUACCGGUUAAGCUUCAUACCACUUUCUCUCCACAAUUCAUCGGUCUCGAUUCAAAUUCCGGUACAUGGCCGGUCUCGAAUUAUGGAGUCGGUACGGUAAUCGGUAUAAUCGAUACCGGAAUUUGGCCUGAUAGUCCCAGCUUUCACGACGAUGGGAUUGGUUCGGUUCCGUCUAGAUGGAAAGGGAAAUGUGAAUUCAAUACGUCUUCCUCGUGCAACAAGAAACUAAUCGGUGCUAGGGUUUUCAAUGAGGGUUUGUUCGCCAACAACCCUAAUCUCAGAGGAACCAAGAUUGAUCAUUACUCUUCCCCUUACGAUACAAUCGGACACGGCACUCAUGUUGCGGCCAUUGCGGCUGGAAAUCACGUUAAGAACGCGUCGUACUUCUCUUACGCGCAUGGAACCGCUUCAGGAAUCGCACCGCACGCGCAUAUAGCGAUGUAUAAAGCAGCUUGGGAAGAAGGGAUUUACUCAUCAGACGUAAUCGCAGCGAUUGAUCAAGCGAUUCGUGAUGGAGUCGAUGUGAUAUCACUGUCGCUGGGAUUAAGCAUUGACAACGACGAUGGUGAUGUGGGUCUAGAAGAUGAUCCAAUCGCUGUUGCAGCGUUUGCAGCGAUUCAAAAAGGCGUUUUCGUUGUUGCUUCCGGUGGUAACGACGGGCCGUAUUACUGGAGUUUGAUUAACGGAGCACCGUGGAUGAUGACGGUUGGAGCGGGAACAAUCGGACGACAAUUUCAAGGAAUCUUAACGCUAGGAAACGGAGUUACUUUUAAUUUUCCGUCUCUGUUUCCUGGAGACUUCCCGUCCGUUCUGUUUCCUGUAACGUACCUCGAAUCUUGCAAUGUAGGCAACAAGACUCUUGUGAACAGAAUCAUUAUCUGUAACGAAAAUUUAAACAUAGGAAGCAGACUACAACAAGCCAAAUCUACCGGAGCUUCAGCAGCAGUUCUAAUAACAGAUAGGUUACUUGCAGAACAAGACACUGUCAAAUUCCAGUUUCCAGUAGCAUUCAUCAGCUCAAAACACAGAGAAACUAUACAAAGCUACGCAUCAAGCAACAAAAAUAAUGCAACCGCAAAGCUAGAGUUUCGAAAAACAGUAAUGGGGGAAAAACCAGCACCGGGAGUAGACAGUUACAGCUCCAGAGGUCCGUUCACAAGCUUCCCCCAAAUCCUCAAACCGGACAUUUUAGCUCCGGGGACUCUAAUACUCUCCGCUUGGCCACCGGUUAAGCCAGUCGCGGGAACUCGAACACGACCGUUAUUCAGCGGAUUCAAUCUACUAACCGGGACAUCAAUGGCUGCACCUCAUGUAGCUGGAGUCGCUGUGCUUAUAAAACAAGUCCAUCAAGAUUGGAGUCCAUCGGCUAUUAAAUCUGCAAUUAUGACAACGGCUUUGACUUUAGACAACCCUUUAGCCGUAGGAGCAGGACACAUGAAUACGAACAGAGUCUUGAACCCUGGCUUAAUCUAUGAUGCAACUCCACAAGGUUUUAUAAACUUCCUUUGUCACGAGGCAAAACAGUCCAGAAAAUUGAUAAAUAUUAUCACAAGAUCAAAUAUUUCCGACGCGUGCAGAAACCCAUCUCCAUAUCUCAAUUACCCUUCAAUCAUUGUCUACUUCACGUCGGAUCAAAACGGUUCCAAGAUCUUUCGAAGAACGUUGACAAACGUGGGAGAAGCUAAGAGAAGCUAUAGCGUGAAAGUGAGAGGCUUGAAUGGUCUAAAUGUCGUCGUAGAGCCAAAGAGACUAAUGUUCAGCGAGAAAAACGAGAAGCAAAGCUACACUGUCAGAUUGGAGACUCCAAGAGCGUUGCAAGAGAAUGUGGUUUAUGGAUUGGUGAGUUGGGUUGAUGACGAAGAAACUAAGUCUGAAGUAAGUUGUAUUGUGGUGGCCACGAGCCUUGUCCAAGAGUCUUAA